AUGUCCUCUUACGUUUCAGCCCUUCAAAGAUUAUUCAUUAAAGAGGUGGUGGUGGUAGACGCUCACACGCUGUUGGUUUCUUGGUACGACCCCAAAAAUGUGGAAGGAACUCUUGGCGGCUUUACAGUCUCCGUUGGACGCUACGGUCGAGAAUCCCCGAACAAGCCAGAGUGGCGGCAUGUGGCCAACGUAACUGCUGACUCGCGAUCGUACAGGAUCACUGAUUUGGAACCCGACACGCGCUACGAAGUCACAGUUCGUGGUUAUGUGCUGCCGAACGAGGACGGACAUGGCGGAGGCUACAGCCAAUAUCCUUAUUCUCAAAGUGCCUCAACGUGGUCUGCUGCGACGCGUAAAGCAACAGCAACAACGACACGUCCUGUUAUCCAGCCCUCCCUUUACCUCGACUGGACUGAUGCAUCUGGAUUACACGUAAGGUGGGAUUUCCAAGACGUUAUGCACGGAUCAAUACAGAAAAUCGAGCUCAUCGUGGUGCCAGUGGACAGUGAUCUGGGCGUGACCAAUGCCAGUGCCAUUGUCGCCCCAAAUGCCACAGAAGGCUCCAUUACCACAGGCCUGAGACCCUACACUGAAUACGAUGUAGUAGUGGAAUUCACUACAAAUGGUGCCACAACGGCCUACACAGCAGGGCGAGCGUGGACGUGGUCGUCAGCUCCCUCACCACCAACCGACAUCACUGCUAAGGCACUAAGUUCGAGUUCCAUCAUGGUCUCGUGGUCACCACCAGCUCAGACAAACGGACCUCUCAAGCCAUACAGGGUGCACUGCACUAGGGUCGGCGAGAAACGGCCUCACUCUGCUACCACGAAGGACAACGCGACGACGUCAGUCGAAGUGAGGGGACUGCGACCGAACACAAACUACGAGUGUUACGUUGAAGCAAGCACAACCCCGCUGAUCACUCAAUGGAGCGAUUCUCUCACCAGUAUGUCAGCGAAGUCACCUAUCGUCACAAUGUGGCCUGGAAUUGUGAGCUGUGGAAUGAAUGGGAAUAGCUUGGCAAACAUCUCAGUGUUUGAACUGGCGGAGGUCACUGUGUGCACUCAUCCAACAGAGACGGACUGA